GUGGUACCCUUUACAAGGGUGAGGAAUGGAAUGGACUUGGCAUUCGCGCUAAAAACCCGACCGAUUUCGGCGCCAAUUCUAGAUUUCUGCUCUUCUUCGACACCAUUCUUGUGCCGCUGCAAAUUUGUUCCUCUCCUCUGCCAUACAGUGGAAAAACCUAACCUUAGGGAGUACGAACUUCGAUGUGGGUUUUACAUCUCUCUCGGCGAUCUCUUUCUCCGGCGAAGUCUUUGUCUUCUGCUUAGCGCUUUCUGCGUUUCUCCGCUGCUCCUCCGUCGUUGCGCCACCGGUAGCUGCCGACUUCCUCAACUUACUCAUCUCCGGUUUGGUCGCUCCUGUCCAAGAGGUAUAAAUACCUGGGAAGAAAUUAAGGACAAGGGCACAUUUGGAAUGACGUGCGGCUGCUUAUUCAUAACAAGUUUAAGUCUUCCUUAUCUUUUCUUUUGUUUCAGGACAAAGAAGAUUGCAAUGGACACUAUUAAACAAGAGAAAGUAAGGAGAUUUGAGGAGUUUAUUGAUCGCCGUCUGAAACCAGAUCUUGUUCAUGCAAUUGCUGAACGGGACAAAGUCUUUGAACAACAAAUUUUUUUCUCUGAUUUAAGAAGUAAUAUAGAGAAUUUGGAGAAGAACAGUGUAACUAAUCUGAAGACAUUGGUUAAUAUUGGCUCGGAAGUAUACGUGCAAGCUGAUGUGCCAGAUUCAACACACAUAUUUGUUGAUGUCGGACUUGGAUUUCACGUGGAGUUCACUUGGUCGGAAGCUCUAAAUUAUAUUUCAGCAAGGGAGGAGAAAUUGGCCAGGUUAAGGUUAUUGGUAUUGGAGCCAACUUGUUCAGAUCUUGUUGUUUUUCCUGGGGCAAAUAAAGGAAUAUACACGUCUAGUCGCAUCAAUUAAAGUUCAGAUCAAAAUGGUUUGUGAAGGGAUACGUGAGUUGCUCCAGCUUCCAGAAGAGCGAGCUUACUAAGAUUUAUAGUCUUAAAUUGAGAGAUGGAAUUGUUCAAAUUUACUGUCCAAGGAAUGAAGACAUAUUUUGUUGAGAUACAGUAACAUGGGCAUUUAUAAUUUGUAGUAUGUCUUUUUUUCCUUAUAGUAUAGAACAAGAAAGCUUUUAGUCAUCGAGUUAGGCCGAAUGUGUAUUUCUUAUCAUAAUGCCGAAUAUUUAUUUAUGAUAUUAGAGACAAAUUUAUUUCAACUCGUAAUUUAUUGAUGUUGGACCUCAUUAUAUAUUAUUUAUUUUAAUGGUUGAAUUAGAUUAAA